AUGAGUGAGCGCUCCGGUGCAAGCACUCUAGCGGCCAUGACGCUGGAGGAGCCAGGGGCUGAACAGGCAUCUCCCCGAGCUCCGGGCCCACUCCGCUGUGGCCCCUGUGCUGUGUGGCCUCGCCAGCAGACGUGGCUGUGCGCUGUGCCCCUGGUAAUGGGUUUUGUGGGACUGGGACUCAGUCUCAUGCUGCUGAAAUGGAUUGUGGUGGGAUCUGUCCAAGACUAUGUCCCCACUGAUCUGGUGGAUCCUAAAGGUAGCAUCGGACAGGACCCUAUAUUUCUUUCCAAACCCAGUGCCAUGCCCAAGGGGCCCGACAUUUCCACCGCAACCACUACUUCAGCUGCGGCUACCACAGCAAUGGUGGCAACCACCACGCCUCUAGCCGCGGACGGUACCGCUCCAGCGCCAAGAACUCGAUCGGGGCCACCAGCAAACCACUCAGCCAAUGGCAGCACUGCCAAUGGAGACGGCAACCGCGCCCCACACCUCCACAACCGCGUUGGCACUCGCAUUAGUGGGACUGUGGUUACCACUUCCACCACCCGCGCCACCCGGCUCACCCCACCACCCAGUGGUAAGGAGGUCACCCCUCGCAGCACUGUCAGAAAAGGAAGCAGCGCCAGUGAUGGACGUAACGGAGCUGCCAACUCAAAGCCAGGACACCCUUCUGCUACCAUCACCACAACAGCACCCACCACAACCACAGCAACUGUGAAGACCACCGCCAAGGUGCAGCCGACCACCACCCAGCCGGUCAAGGCCACGACACGCUGGAAUCACGGGCGCCCAGGAAAGGGUCCAACCACACGCCCACACCACCGCUUCCGAACACCAGUGCCCCCCACACUUCCUAGUCUACGUUCAGAGGUCUUCAAGCCAUGUGUGGAAGACAAGGACCUGGCCUUUUGUCUAAAUGAGGGAGAGUGCUCCAUCAUUGAAACCGUGGCUGGGGUUCACAGACACUGCAGGUGUAAGGAGGGCUACCAUGGACUACGCUGUGACCAGUUUGUACCCAAGACAGAUGCUAUCUUGUCAGACCCAACGGAUGAACUUGGGAUCGAAUUCAUGGAGAGUGGUGACACCUACCAGAGGCAGGUGCUGUCCAUCUUCAGCAUUGCCUCGGGGAUCUGUCUUCUUGGAGUGGCAUGUAUGGCUCUCUACCACCGCAACAAACGGCACAGGGAAAAACUCCAGGCUCAUUUCUCUGAUAGCCGCAGCCUGAGGGAUUGCAGCAUCAACGCCUCCGGCCUCAUGUCCAAGUCCACUCCCAGGCUUCAGUACAGCCUCCAGUUCCAAAAGAGCUGCAGUUCUCACGGAUCGUCUGUCAAGGACGGCAGCGUGGCACCGGGAACGUCAGCAGCAGCGCCUCCCAUUCUCAGCAGAGCGCUGUCCAAAGGCAAACGCUUCAGGAGUAGCUCUCUUUCGCUCAGUCCUGCCCAACAACGGAGGGAGAAUAAUUACUUCAGGACACCGCCCGUUUCCAGAGGGAGACACAAAAUAGCCACAAAUCUCAUGGAUGGAUCCAGAGUGGCCGGCCAUGUCUAUAAACACCUGCAGGAGGAUGAGUCAACAGACAUAGAGUCCAUUAGAAGGUGUGAUUCUGCCGGUGGACGAGUCGGCGCCCUCCUCAGCAGGACCUCGCUCUCUCACUUCGCAGCCAGAAAGGGAUGGACCGAGGUCCCCUGCACCCGCCUGGAUAAGGGAACAACCUUCCUUCCACCUUCUCUGCACACCCGAUCCGUGCCCAUCAUCCCUUCGCUCCAAGCGUGCGACCUUGAGGCGGGGAAUGCGGACACGAGUGACCGCAACCGAGGCGGGCUCCUGAAGUGGCACCCCAUGCUGGCUGGAAAGACAACGGUGCCCAUUAGCAAAUCUCCCUCUCCCCCCUGCGAGACUGUGGCACAGGCGCCCGGUGUUAUGCCCAGCAGUGUUAGCCCUCCUACCGCCACCAUCACACUGGGGUCGGAGAAGAAUCUCUGUGCCGCACAAAUACCCUGCUCCAUUGAAAUUACAGUGGAGCUCGCGAAGGAAUUAAAAGAGAAAAGCCUGUCUGGGUCUCAGAGCGAGAUCCGCCGCGGUGGCACAAACACUCUCAAGGCUGGGACUGUGCGGGAGUCGGAAGGGAAGAGUGUCCAAUACUCAGCCAGAGUUCUGCACACGAGCAGUGGGACCAGAGGUUUGAAGGCAGCAGGCCAAAGAGAAGCCCAGGGACAGUGCCAAGGUCAGACAUCCCCCAUGUACGGAGGCGCAUACUGCUCCAUGGCCACCAAAGGACCCAGCUGCAGAGGAACUGGAAACGCUUACGCCAAGCCCUCUGCAAGCUGAUUGGAUUAACUCUGUAAAGCUUCAAAGACAAUGUUUCCAAUAACUCUUUACCUUUGCUGGUGGCACAGGAUGGUUGGCAGG